AUGGACAAUGUUUCAGUGGUGACAUUGUUUACUCUUUCAGGUUUAAACUACACCAUGGACCAAAAGAUUGUUCUCUUUUCCUUUUUUUUAUUGUGGUAUAUUGCUAUUCUAUUUUUUAACAUAUCUAUCAUUGUCAUCAUCAUUAUGGAUAAACGCCUUCACGAGCCAAUGUAUAUCUUCCUGUGUAAUCUCUGCAUCAAUGGGCUCUAUGGAACAGCAGGAUUCUUCCCCAAGUUUCUCUGGGAUCUCUUAACCUCUCAUGUCAUCUCUUAUGCACAAUGCAUGGUACAGGGUUUCGUAGUACACUCUGCGAGCAUCACUGAUCUGUCCAUCCUGGCUCUGAUGGCCUACGACAGAUAUGUGGCCAUUUGUCGACCGUUGGUGUAUUAUUCAGUGAUGACAAAACAGAGGGUAUCCAUAUUUGUGUUUUUUUCCUGGUUCAUUCCACUCAAUGCAAUGUUUGCGAACUCUGUCUCACUGGUAGGGAUGCCAUUGUGUGGCUCACACAUAAACAGACUGUACUGUGUUAACUGGAUGAUUGUUCAACUUGCAUGCUCAACUCGCAAGGUGACCGCCAUCCUAGGAUAUAUUAAUAUAAUAUUUUAUUUUAGCCAUGGUGUGUUUAUCGGUUGGUCUUACAUGUAUUUAAUCAAGAUGUGUCUAGCAUCUAAAGACAAGAUGGGGAAGUUUAUGGCAACAUGUGUUCCACAUUUACUAUCUAUGAUAAUUUUUAGUUUUGCAUUAUCAUUGGAUGUGUUAUACAUGCGAUUUGGGUCAAAGACCUUGUCUCAAAAUCUCAUGAACUUUAUUUCAAUAGAGUUUCUUCUUUUUCCAUCAUUCAUGAAUCCCCUUAUAUAUGGAUUUAAACUGACCAAGAUUCGAAACAUAAUUCUUAGCUUUUUACCUGCCAGGAGAAGAAAUGUAGAGUGCAAAACUUUGAAAUUGGUUGAAGUGCCUCGGGAUUUAAUAUUGAAAUAA